UCGGCCAGCAUGGAUGCAAGAUGAGGGUGUUCUUGUGCAUUUCCGUAGUGUUGGUGACAGCGUCGGCGGUCCCAGGGCCGGGCCUGAGGUGCGCCUUCGAGGACCUUUGUGCCUGGAGAUGGAACUCCUCCGACUGGGAGGUCGCCAGCCACGGGGGCGGACGCCCCUUGGCCAACUACUCUGCCCAGCCCGUCCGGGACGCCAGCAACAAGACUGAAGGACAUUACCUUCUGACGGUGCAAUGGCUGCCACGAGAGGUUCGUGUGUGGAGCCCCAAGUACGCUGGCACCAAGGACCUCUGUCGCCUGGAGCUAGCAGUGCACAUGUCCAACAUGGACGUCGGGUGGUUCAAAGUGGUUGUGGAAACCGUCAGUGUCAACAACACAUCUUGGGUCGUGGCUGAGAAACCUGGUAACAGCAAUAGAACAUGGGACUACUGGUCAUUCAAUGUCGGCCGCAUCAAACAAGAGUUCAACAUAGUGAUAGAAGUGAUUCCUGGGGAUCACUUUCCAUUUCACGUUGCCUUGGACAACAUAAGACUUGUAGAUUGCUUCAGCGAAAGGAGAGAUGAGUGCCUACCAAGCCAGUUCCUCUGCGGCAACACCACAAUGUGUAUAGACCAUCACCAGGUGUGUGACAUGUCGCUGGACUGUCCCGACGGCAGCGAUGAACGACAGAACUGCGAUAAAGUCAACAUUGAGGGCAGCAGGUGCAACUUUGAGCAGAACAUGUGUGGAUGGCAUAAUGAAGAGGAGAACUGGAUGAACUGGACACUAAACUCUGGACCUACGGAGACUGACCAUACUGGACCCAGUACGGACCACACCUACAAGAAUGCUACUGGGAAGUACAUCUACGUAGAGAUGUCGGGCUCUGCUAGGCUCGGAGCUGCGUCUCUGUUGGUCAGUCCGAUGUUCAACCCGCCACCCCCGGUGGUCUUCAAUGUGGCCGGCAGACACUACAACGCUUGCUCUGUGAGUUUCUACUACCACCAGUACGGAGCACACAGCGGGUCCCUCACGUUGAUGUUGAAGGAGCAAUACAACACACAGAUCAAGGAACUCUGGCGAAGCUUCGGUAACCAAGGCAACGUGUGGAAGAGGGUCAUUCGGCCACUACCUGUUGUGUCUCAGAGGUACACGUUGUUCUUUGAGGCCAAGAAAAGUUACUCCAUGCGAGGGGAUGUAGCUUUGGAUGACUACGCUAUGAGUCCUCAAUGCUUUGGGAUUGGAGACUUUACCAAAGAGGAACUGAAUGGCUAUCACUACCCAAGUGCUGGCUCCUCAUAUGAUCCUAUGGGAAAUGGAGUGGUGCAUCCCUCGUUCAAAAACAAGACAUAUUACAUCUUUACCACAUGUGGUGCCAAUGGAACCAACGGUCCCAACCAGAGCCUGUGUGACAAGGAAUACAACAACACAAAUGUGAAUGUCACUGUGAUGCCGGAGGAGGAGAAGUUACAGGCCGGGAUACAGAAGUGGACUGUGCCCAAAGAUGGCUUCUACACGAUCAUCGCGAUGGGAGCCAGUGGGGGUCUAGGUGCAGGAGGUCAGGGAGCUAGCAAAGGAGCGGAGGCGCGGCUAGUCAUGGAACUGUUUGUCAACAAAGACCUCUACAUCCUCGUGGGCCAGCAAGGGACAAGCAGCACUAAGAAGUAUAUGGUCUCUCGUCCAUCAUCUCCACCAGUGUCUGGCCCAAAGUCGAUUCCUGUUGGGAAGGAAAAGUGGAACAAACUAAGACGAGAACAUGACAACGGAGGAGGACCACCUUACGGGAGUUCUGACGGACGAGUGGUUCACAGUUCAAUGAAUUCCUCAAAGCCCAACAACAAGCACUCCAGCAGACUGAAGGAAACCCUAAAGAAGAUCAAGACUAUCACAGUACUAGGAGGUGGGGGUGGUGGCGGCGGUGCUUCUUAUGUCUAUUACAUGACUAAGAACAAAGACAAGAUGCCGCUACUUGUGGGGGCUGGAGGGGGUGGACUGUCACACGGACCUUCUACAGACGACGGAACUCAACACGGCCACGAGCCAGACCAACAUGGACGCAACCAGACAGGCGACGCCUUCGGGGAGGCACCUGCAGGAGCCGGAGGAGGCUGGUUGCCUGGUAACUACACGUACAGAGACGCCACGGGGUUGGCUUUGACACAGGGUGGCUCUGGCGGAACUGGAUGUGUAGCGGUGUUUCUGGGCCAUGGAGGAUUUGGUGGAGGGGGAGGGGGUUGCACAGCAGGGGGAGGGGGAGGCGGCUAUGCUGGUGGCAGAGCCUGGUCUGACAAGGGACGUAAUGGCGAGGGAGGUUACUCUUAUAUUGGCACCAACGGAACUCUGGGACACGUGGUCAAGGGCUCUAGUCUGGGGGAUGGAAAGGUUUUCAUCAUACCAGCGGUAGUUGGAUGUGAUUGUGAAUACCGCUGCGUUGCUCUGGACGCUCACCGAAGCGCUACCAUGUGCAUCUGCCCCACAGGAUGGGUUUUGCACAAAAAUGGCACCUCUUGUAUCAUGAUUAACCCCCCAGAUGAACGUGUCCUUCCCAAUUCUGCUUUGUUCUUCGCUGCCGUCUCAGUGUUUAUGAUGCUGGCCUUUACUGGUGUCUCCAUUUUAUUAUAUAACCGCUAUCAACAGAAGCACGCAUCCAGAUUUCGCCGCAAGAUCCUCAAUGGUCCAGAUCUUCAGCUCAACAGACUCAGGGUCGCAAGCAACUCCAUGAUGACGGAGUAUAACCCCAACUAUGAGUUUGGCGGGGGAACUUACACCAUCCGCGACCUCCGUGACAUCCCUAGGGACCAGUUGCGGCUUGUCAAAGCUCUUGGCCAAGGAGCAUUUGGAGAGGUUUAUCAGGGGUUCUUCCAACACAGGGCUGGGGAUGCAGUGGAAAUGCCAGUAGCUGUCAAGACGUUGCCUGAGCUCUCCACUAACCAGGCUGAGACAGACUUCUUGAUGGAGGCGCUGAUCAUGAGCAAGUUCAACAACCCGAACAUCGUACACUUCAUUGGCGUCUGCUUUGACAAACACCCUCGGUUUAUUGUCAUCGAACUAUUGGCUGGAGGCGAUCUCAAGACGUUCCUGAGAGAGUCAAGACCCAAACCUGAGCGGCCGUCCCCUCUCACCAUGAAAGACCUGCUACAAUGUUCCAUUGAUGUUGCCAAGGGUUGUAAGUAUAUGGAGGACCAUCACUUCAUACACAGAGACAUAGCCGCUCGCAACUGUCUACUCACCACCAAGGGGCCCGGCCGUGUUGUCAAGAUCGCUGACUUUGGCAUGGCCAGAGAUAUUUACAGAGCCGAUUACUACAGGAAAGGUGGGAAAGCAAUGUUACCUAUAAAGUGGAUGCCUCCAGAAGCGUUUCUAGACGGCAUCUUCACAUCCAAGACUGAUGUUUGGUCGUUUGGUGUCCUACUAUGGGAGGUGAUGUCGCUGGGCUACAUGCCGUACACAGGUUGUGCCAACCGCGAGGUGAUGCAGUUGGUGACCAACGGAGGCCGGCUUGAGUCACCCAGUCAAUGUCCGGAGCCCAUCUACGCCAUCAUGUGUCAAUGUUGGCACCCCAACCCCGACGAGAGACCUAACUUUGGCACACUGCUGGAGCGGCUCGGCUACUGCAUGCAGGACCCUGAUGUGGUGAACGCCCCUCUGCCAGUCUUCCACCGACCUCCCUCCACAGAGAGAGACACAACUGUCAUGAGGCCUCCAGCCAACGACGACUGUCUGCAACCCGACUAUCUGGUGCCAUUGACUGGAGUAGUGGAAGGUGGAAUUCCCACAUCACAAUCGACACAGCCACUGUUAGACUCUAGCAACAACAACAAGCCGGUGCCAUACGCCAACGUUGCGCCAGACAACCCCAGCGCCAACGGGCCAUUCAUUGUGUCCAACCAUGCCCUACCAUGUUGAGGGGCUGGUUGGAGGCUACAGGUGUGAGAUGCAGGGUCUGUUUGGCUCACCCCAGACCUGGGACUACAAGCCGCAGUAUUAUUAUUGUAUUAUAAGCUUUGACUGUGUGAGAACCACACUCUAGAGAUAUAUUUUCAUUCAAUCGAGUAUUUUUUGUACAAAAAAAUCAUAGCAUAUAAAAAUUGUUAUGCUUUCAAAGUAGAUUAUCAGCCAGCGCUUUGGGAAAAGCUCGGAAACUUUAUUAUGUAAGAUUUCUUAAGUAGGAAUAAAAUGUUACAUAUUUGACUGUAGAAAAGUACUUUUUUAUAAGAGGUCAGCGAUUACUAUAGUUUUUUGUUUUUUACAAUUUGCAGUAAUGCCAAAAAUCUUGAUCAUACUUACUACAUUACAGUCCAGCCAAGUUCUUGAAAGCUUUAAUCGGCGAAAAUACAAGCAAUAUUUUUACAACGACAUUUUUGACGAAGAACUUUUGGGCUAUGUUUGUACUACAAGUUGCUGGAAUUUUUCAAACCAGCACAAUUUGUAUUACCUCAAACUAGAAUAUUUACUAUUGAACGGAUAUUUGUGCAUACUGUUUUUAAAAAAGUAUAUGUAAAUAACACUUUUGACAAACAUGUACAAACAGAGAUUUUUCUAAACAAUCACCAAUGAUGGAAUUUUCCAUACAUUUAUUUACUUACAUUUUGUAUACCUAAACUUCUAUUUUUGAUUACGUACGAGCUGUGACUGCUGUUUUAACCAUGGUUCUUUCUUAUUUCUCUAUCAAUUCCUACAGUCAAAUAUGAAAGCCUAAAUACCUUGGUUUCCAUUUUGUUUCCCAUAGAAGACCAGUUAAGGGGUAAGUGAGUCGAGGGAACUGUGAUAUUACUUAUAAGUUUUGUUACUCUUAGUUGUACGAGCUCUUCCCGGCAAAUUUCUAAGUCAGUAUUUAGUUCGUACUCUUAUAACGGCGACAUAUAAUGCCAACGUAGCCAUAACUCAUGACUUUUGUACUUAACGUAAAUUGUAUGUAUAUUUGACAUAUAUAAUGUGAAAAUGUUGAGUGAAAGUAUGUGCGGAUCUGUGAAUUGAUAAAGAGAAGUAUCGAUAAAAAUAUGUGUAAUAAUUAUAAAAUGAACGAACAAUCACUGGCGGUGGUUGCACUGGUUGUUGUAGUAGUUGGAAAUGUAGUUUUAUAUUUUUCUUAAAGAUUUUUGUUAUUAUAGGCAUACAAAUCCUAAUUAAUUUUUAAUUUUGAGAUUAUUUGGUAUAAAGGAACGGUUCCCACAUUUAGAGAAAGAGCGGAAAGAGCGAUUUUUGUUAACAAAAAUUUAGUUUUAAUUUUCUAGAAUUAAUAAUUUGCCACAAUCGUGGGUGUCAACGGCGAUGUUGAUACUGGCGGGAGAUGCUAACUAUUUCACUGCUAUCGCGGGGAAGUUCCUCGUAACAGACGGGGGUCGCUCUCAUUUGGACUAGGAAUCCAGCACAUGUUUAUGUAACAAACCAGGGUUUAGACCAUUCCUUAAAUCAUACAAAAUUCCAAUGGCGUAUAUAAAUACAAGUUAGAGAUUGUAAAAUUUAUUUUAUUUGACCACCGCAACCACCAGUGGACCACCCCGUGAUUUCAGAGUAGAGUAUGUAACUCUUGUAUGUCCCUUGGCUCAAUGUUAUGUACUUAUGUUUAUAGUAAUCAUUUCCACUAUUCUAUUGUAGUUUAUGUCGAAUGGUCUUUGUUUGCUCAAUGGUAACUUUUCGUACAAGACGACUUACUCAGCAAGGAAUCAAUGUUGUUAAGUUCUGAUGUUUUAUCAUUGUUGAAAAUUUUCAUUUGAUGGUUGAACAACUAGAAUUGUUAGGGUAAAAAGUCGGAGUUUUUGUAAGUGUUGAACUAUUAAAGAUUAUCUAGAGUAUAGUAGGUUGUAUUUGAAUUGAUGAAAAUGUACCAUAGACAUUUUUUAACAUCUCUGUACACUUCAAAAGUGUGUUUUGUUUUACUAUAAUUAUUUAUACUGUUAAUAGUUUUUUAUUGAAUUGUUAAUUUGAAUAGGCAGAAUUACGCUUAUAUGACUGUUUUAUAUAUUUUUGAAAGAUGACAAAAAUUAACUAUUUAAUUUAUUAUUACCGCUGUACAUUUUUGGGGCUGUAAAAGUUUAAACUAGUGGUUCAAAUAAAUCAAAAUAAGAUUUAAAAUAAAGGUUUGUAUUCUGAAAAAUAUAAAAAUAAGUGUGUAUAUAUUGAUGAAUGUAAGUUAUCUUAGUUUUUUCUACUCUGAAUGUAUACUUUGUUGUUUAGUUGGUUCUAAGUAAAAAUAAGUGACAUUUCUGAUAGUGAGUAUUUAAGUUUUAGUUAUAUUUUUUGGGCCAUGUGUUAUUUUGUACAGUUUUGGAUAUUUAGUUAAUGCUAAAAGCAUGUUUUGUUACCUAUAUUUCGCUCAUCUAGUCUUUUGCUGUUUAUUACCUACUUUAUAUUUUAGUCAUGAAAGGUUCAAAAUUUUGUGAAAUAUUUUUUGCAUUAUUCCUUUCAAAUGGAUGUUUUCUUAACCAAAUCAGCUUUAAAACAUACAAAUUUGGCAGUAACUAUAACCAAACUAGUGAAACCGGAUGAUUAUGUAAUUACUAUAAUUUUUGUAUGCCUGAAAAUUUUUCUUUAGAGACUAGGGAUCUAAAAAAUAAUUUUAAUUACAUUUUUUUAAUAGAAUCGUUGAGUAACAUUGGGAAAUCCAACAUUUUUACUGGCAAUAUUGAAAGAUUAGUAUUUGAUUUAUCCACUUAAUCAAAAUUCCUUGCUGACGAAAGCUUGAAAUUGUGCCAAACGAAUAAUAAGUAAUUGUUUUAUGCAAUAAGAGUUGCUUUUCCUAUGUUCGACCUUUUUGUGCUUGUAUAAAGUUGUUGUGGGUUGUAUUCUAAUGUCUUAAUUUGACAAGUGUCAAUAAAAUAUACAUAUAUUAUAAA